AUGUCUCUGCCUCAGGCGACUGCAGCUGCAGCAGGUGAUGAUGACUGGGGGGAUGACUUUGGGGGGUUUGAAGCUGCUGAACCGAUCCAGCCAGCCAUGGCACAACCUGUACAGCAGGGCAUCACAGCAACGCCCUCUAUAUGGGCACAACUCAGCACAGGUGCAGUUCCACCGGUGUCCCCUGGUGGUGUAACCACUGAUGCAGCUCAGGGUGUGCCAUUCCAUGAUGGGGGUAGUCAAACACCUGAAAGUCAGAGGUCAAGAACUAUAUCAGGCACUUCACAAGCUUCAUCAGAGGCAGAGCCCAGUGCAACAGCCAAUCAGAUACCUUUCCCCACCGACUUCAGCCAACUAGAUGCACCUGCUGAAGUUACACCAGCCAAUAAGGCUGUGCCACAAGCUGCUGCUAGCCAAUCAGGCAUUGAGACAGCACAGCCCAACCAAGUGUCAGUAGACUCAGGGGUUAACCAAUCAAAUGAAAGUAUCCCUACUUCAACCAAUGAGAGCUCAGCAACACCUGACCAAAGCCAACAGGAAGAUGCAGUCACCCCAGAGCCUGUCUCCAUGGCAAUGCUGGAAGAAAACAAGGAAUUAAAAGAUCAAGUGCAAAAGCUACAUGACAAUCUGUCCAUAGCAGAGAAAGAAAAAGUUGCAAUACAACAGGACCUUGAAGAUUUGUUACAGAAACAGCAGGCUGUUGAACAGCAGCUGUCAGACCAGACAUUACUGUCAGAACAGCAGAAGGAAAAGUACCAACAGCUGCAGGAAAAACAUUUGGAAGAGCUGGCAGAUAUCAGGAAGGCAGGACAUGAGGCUUUGGCAGUUAUUGUUGAAGAGUACAAGGAGCUGUGUAAGACUGCAGUGCUGCAGCAGCAGGAACUGUGUGAGAAACAGCUGCAGACAUCCCUCGCUAAGGAGACCGAGAGAUGUGAGGAACUCUUACAGAAACAGCAUGAUCGUCUGGUACAACAGUUAGAAGAGGAGCGAGCACAGACAGAGGAGAAAGUCCAGGCAGCAAUCAAACAGCAGCAACAGAAGGACCAGGAGGAGCUUGAAAAGGUGUUAGCUCAAGAAAGAGAAAAGAGUCAACAGGCCAUACAGGAGGCAGUAAAGGUUGAGCAGGCAGCGGGGAGAGAGGCCCUACAGGCAGCCCUCCAGGAGGAGAGGGAGAAAACUAGAGACCUGCUGCAGGAACAGAGGGUGGAACUACAGGGACUGGUUGAGCAGGAGAGGGACAGGGGCAGGCAGGCUGUGGAGGACGCAGUCAGGGAGGAGAGGAAAAGGGCAAAGGAUUUGGCAGCAGCUGUUGUUGAGGAGGAGAGACAGCGUGGCCGGGAGGCUGUGAGCCGGGCUGUAGAACAGGCACAGCAGGAGAUGAAAUCGUACAGCAUAGACCAGAAAAAGGCUGACCAGGCUGUGCGUCAACGCUCGCUGGCGGGGGUUGAACUGUUUCUGUCGGGCGCCUUACAGCAAAUCAGAACUCUGAUGGACAACGGACCAACUAGAGAGAACACCACCGAGGAACAAGAUUCAACAUAGCAAGAUUCUCUGUCAAUUAUAGUCAUACAUAUCAAAAGUUUCAUUUUCCAAUAGCUGCAUAUUGUGUACCGGUGGAUGUGGAAUUCCAGAUCUUUCAGGUUAAAUACAGUAUGUAGAAUGUAUCAAUGCCUUUCAUGUUGAAGUUUUACAGUCCUGAGCUUUACAAGAUGUAUAAUUAUAGAUGAAAUAUAUUUGCACAAGAAUAUAUCUUAAUAAUCUAUUAUUAUAAUGUUGGCAUCCAUAAUGGUAUUGGUUGUCUUUAGUUUGCUUGUCAAAUUGAGAUGAUAAUGUCAGACUUGCAUCAUAGCACUACUAUAUUCAAUGUGCCUUCAAGGAUCACUCUUGUGUGUUGCUUUAUCUUACAGAUAGACAUAAAUAGAAUGACUCAGAUUCAGAGCAUUGUACUCACUCCAUUGUAGUACCGGUAGUUGCAAGCAACUGGAAAUAUACAAAGCUCAUUCAUAUGGACGCAUUUUCAGCUUUACUUUAAUGGUUGAAUUAUAUAAAAUCGUUUUUCAAGCUUGAGAUGUUACCGUAGUUGAUUCUGUAACACUACACAUUCAAUAUGAAUCCUGUACAUAUUGAUCAGAAAACCAAACAGAUAUUAGUCGCCUCUUGCUUUGAUCUUUCAAGGAACAAUCAGAUUAUCAGUCAUCUCUUUGCCGCCACUACCGUUUCCUUCUGUUCGACGCGGAGUAACUUGGGAAGGAAUGGAGCAAAUCUUCUGCAUGCCCAGAUAGUCAUUAAUGACACUGUGUAUAGUUCCUUGACUAACUCCAAACUGUGCACGUAUUGCCUCUAUAGACACAUGGUCCUCAUUCAGAAAACCAUGUAUUUUCUGAACUCCAUCAUUCUGACCUUACUGUCUCCCACACCGCUCAUCAUCUCUCACCUCCUUGAACUUCUUGUGCUGUCGAUACACAGAUGCUUGACUUCUGCAGUUUGGUCCACAUGAUGUCUGGAUCAUUUCAUAACUUUUUGUCUGGUUCUUUCCCAGUUAAACUCAAAACUUUAUCGCAUGGCACACUUCCGAUGUGUGGUCACGUCCUGACUGCAUUGUGCAAGCUGGUCAUGACAACCAGCACUUAGUACGGUGUGUUCAAUGUGCUGUUAAAGCAGUCUACUUCAACUUAGAAUAAUAAACUUGAGCUCAAUACAUGUACAUGUCAAAGAUUCAGUCAGAAUAAACAUAACCGCACACACA